AUGGAAGACACUACCAUGCUAGAGGGCUCACAGGGUCUGUUCGAGGAGCUCACCUUCACCCUCAUUCCCAAUGGUCUCUCAGAAGAAGGAAUGCGCCAGAUCGAGGACGAUAUCAAAUCUGCUCACGGAACCGUCGUACCCUUCAGCGCACCCAAAGGCCGUAUAGAGAAGCUAGAGGAAAUCAGCUACAUUGUCUCCGAGACAGCCGACUUCCCCGACUACUACCGCGCCCUCGAUCUCAUGAUACAUGUCGUCAAGCCAACAUGGAUAGGCGCGUCGCUCCAAUCCAACAAAGCCAAGAAUCCGCGGACAUACAGUCCCGAUCCUGCAUUCAUCAUGAACGACGUGGUCAUAUGUUGCGGGGAUAUACCGAGCGGAGACAAGGAAGCAAUCGAGGGCGGUGUGCUGGCACUGGGUGGGCAAAUCGCACCAAGUCUCUCCAAAUUUGUGACACAUCUCAUUGCACUCGACGUGAGUGAGCCGCGAUGCCAGCUCGCCAUCAGUAAGCGGCUGCAGCUGUCCAUUGUGCUACCACACUGGUUCGAUGACUGCCUCAGAGUUGGCCGCCGAAUAUCAGAGCGACCUUACACGCUCCCCAACCCCGAGAUUCUCGCCGAUGCGGAACCAGGCUCGAUUCCUCCAACACGAGUGAGCCAGCAGAUUCGAGAUGCAACCACACCAGAUCCUCACCACGACCCCGUGCCACCACCUGCUCAUCUAGAAGCACCCCGUGCAAUCAAGGCUUUUGACGGAAAGAGUGUAAAGCUCGGCGACGAUUUGAACAUAAGCAGCCGACUCAAGGCUAUCAUCACCGGCAUGAUCAAGGCUGGAGGCGGCAGUGUGACCUCAAACAUCGAUGAAGCAGACAUGUAUGUUUGCAACUACCGAGAAGGCCCCGACUAUAUCAAGGCUUCACAAGCACAGAAAGACGUGGGCAAUCUGGGCUGGUUGUAUUAUCUUAUUACCCACGGAAUCUGGACGAACCCUAUGCAGCGUAUGAUGCAUUACCCACGGCCACGACAAGGCAUUCCCGGCUUCGACAACUACAAAAUCAGCAUAUCAAGUUACACUGGUGAAGCGCGGGUGUACCUGGAGAAUUUGAUCAAAGCUACAGGUGCUGAGUUCACCAAGACAUUCAAGCAGGACAACACACAUCUUGUCGCUGCGCACAAGAACAGCGAAAAGUGCGAGGCUGCGACAGAGUGGGGCGUGAACAUUGUCAAUCACUUGUGGCUAGAAGAAAGCUAUGCCAAAUGCAGAGAGAUGCCUCUAACUGAGAGUCGCUAUACGUACUUCCCAGACCGGACCAACCUGGGAGAGGUCUUAGGACAGACUGAGAUCGAUCGCGAGGCUACCGAAAAGAUCUUCUACUCAAAACAAGCAAAACCAGCAAAAGCUGUCAAGGCAGCACCACAGACCAACGCCAUCCCAGCUUCGAGUGUAGCGCCAAGGGCAAGCGAACCCCCAGCACCUCGUAGCCCGCCUGUGGCUGAGAAGGCCAAGCGUGCGAAGCCAGGAAGCAAUGCGCAAACGCCAUUACCACCGCGACAUACCGAUGGAAAGGAGAACCAGACACCAGGGAGUCGAGGAGCGAAAGACCGCGCAUUGUCAAAACUGCACAAUGCCGCACCAGAUAUUGCACAGUUCGAGAAGGAAAUGAAGCGCAAAGGCGGCGUCAUACAUGGCGGACGCAGACGCACAGAAGAUCAGGUUGACGAAGGGACGAAACAAUCAAAGGGCGGCCGUGAUUCAGUUUCAAGCAAGCGUUCUAUCGAUGAAGUCGACGAUGAUGACGAGACCGAAGACGAAGCUACAGAGGUUCCAGCAAAGAACAAACGAGCAAAGAAGGACAAGCUUGCGCCCAUCAAGUUUCGUAUGCUUAUAUCAAAGGAUGAACGAUGGGCCAACAAUCCUGAAAAGGAAUCAAAAGACAAAGCGCGCCUUCGAGAGCUCGGCCUCUUCAUCACAGAUGAUUUCAAAAAAGUGGAUAUGGUUUGCGCGCCACAGCCCGUUCGGACGAAGAAGUUCAUCGCAGCACUAGCCUGCGCGCCUACCCUUGUGUCAACCACUUACCUCGACUUCGCCCUCAAGAACAACAAGCUUCCACCGGCAGAGAAACACCUCCUCCAAGCUAGAGACUUUGAAGAGGCCAACAACUUCCGACUGUCCGAAGCACUCGAGCGAGCCAAGCAGAACAAACACCGCCUACUCAAGGACUGGACCAUAUUCUGUACAGAGAAGGUUGGCGGUGGUUUCGAAACAUACAAAGACAUUGUGGAAGUCAAUGGCGGCAAGUGUGUGCUAUGGAAGGGUCGCCCUACUACAGUAUCUGCAUCCAAGCGCAAACUAAACGCCUCCGAUGAAGUUAGCCAGAACCAAGUCGAAGAUGAAGGAGACGUACUAUAUCUUAUUUCCGACGCAGAUAAGAAGGAGUUUACCAACUGGACCAAGUUCCGUGAAUUGGCUAAGAGGGAGAACAUGGUUCCCCGUAUCGUCAAGACGGAGUGGCUGCUUUCUGUGGCGAUGGCGCAGUAUGUCCAUUGGGAUCCGGAGUGGGAACUGAGUGAAGAGGUUGUCAAUGCUGGGAAGAAAUAG